CCCACUGGCCGCACACUGCUCCAGGAUGGCCGGGAGCUGUUUGAAAGGACGUUUUCUUUCCGUAUUUGACUACAAAACGGAAAAAUAUAUUGUCGCCAAAAAUAAGAAAGUUGGGGUUUUGUACAGAGUUAUUCAGUUAUCUAUCAUCGGUUACAUUAUUGGGUGGGUUUUCGUAAGCAAGAAAGGCUACCAGGAGACAGAUGAGGCCAUACAGAGCUCUGUCAUAACUAAACUAAAGGGAGUCUCCGUGACUAACACCUCUGAGUCUGGUCUGCUGGUGUGGGGACCGGAGGAUUACGUCAUUCCACCACAGGGUGAAGCUGUUCUGUUUGUUGUAACCAAUUUCUUAGAGACGCCAAACCAGAAGCUGGGAUACUGUGCUGAGAGUCCCAAAGUGCUGGAUGGCCACUGUCGAGUCGACAGGGACUGUGAUAAGGGAAAGAUGGUAGUGGCUGGUAAUGGAAUCAUGAGUGGCCGAUGCUUAAGAAAAGAUGAAAGCUCCAAUGGUACCUGUGAAAUCUAUGGCUGGUGUCCCAUUGAAAGAAAAUUCAAACCACAAGGGCCUCUGCUGACAAAUGCUGAAAACUUCACCAUCUACAUCAAGAAUUUCAUCCAAUUUCCCAAAUUCAAAUUUUCAAAGUCCAACGUUCUUGAAACAACUGAUGACUCUUAUCUGAAGAAAUGUCGAUAUGACGAGGAGCUCCACCCAUAUUGCCCCAUCUUUCGUCUGGGAGACAUCACCCAGCGAGCCAGAUACAACUUCCAGGACAUGUCUACGUUUGGUGGCUCUAUUGGCAUAAUGAUAAGUUGGAACUGUGACCUUGACAAAGGCUACUCUCACUGCCAUCCACAGUACUACUUCACUCGCCUGGACAUCAGUGUCUCCAACACAACCAUCGCAACAGGAUUUAACUUCAGACACACGCGGUAUUUUAAAAAUGCUACUGGUGAGAGUUAUCGAUCUCUGUUCAAAGUCUACGGUGUCCGAUUUAAUAUCAUGGUGCAUGGAAAGGCCGGGAUGUUCAGCAUCAUCCCAACAGCCAUCAAUGUUGCUUCAGGACUGGCUUUGAUGGGUGCUGGAGCUUUCUUCUGUGACAUGGUCCUUCUCUACCUAAUGAAGAAGGGCAACUCUUACAGAGAGCGGAAGUUUGAGGACUGCAGAAGUAAGAAAUCAACAUCUGAAGACAACAGUGUGGAGGACAAAAAGGCUGCCAUGGAGCAGGAGAAUCUGACGUUUUAGUCUUUUCACUGCGUUAGAUGAGUUUGUAACAUGCCCUUGUUGGUUGUAGCGUAACAUUAUAAUAAUGAAACAUGCAGUGCAGUGUAACUUCUGCUUUACUGGUGUGGAGCUCUUGUAAGGUGAGGCAUCAUCUUAAAAAUUGGUUUUUAAGUUGGUAGCAUUGUAGAGCUUCAAAAUGAUGAUUGAAAACGAUCAUGAGCAGAUAUUCCAUUAACUUUAUACCACCAUAAAACAAGUGUGUUUUAGCAACAUUGUCUGAGAUGCAUGCAGACCACUGAAGAUUAAGUUAAAGUUUUGCUGUUUUUUUCAACCCAAACAACUAUUCAUUUGUGGAUUUUUAAAAAAAAAUAGCUGCGUUAUAUUUUUAAAUAUAUAAUGCAAAGUUUUUAGUCAUCAUAUGAAUUUGACCACUCCUUUUACUCCUUUUAGCAUUUUAAUAGAGGGUGUAAGACUUUAAUCACUUUUCGCUGUCUCUAGUAAUGACAUUGUUUACUGCUUGUUUUGCAGUGGCUAAUGAUUCGUAUGAAUGGAAUAUACCUCAUAUGUGAAUAACACUUUAAGUUUGUUUCUUCAGAGUGGUGCAUCAUUUAUGUGAUUUUGUUCAGUCAGUUUAGCAACUAAACUUUUAUUUAUUAAUUGAUA